AUGCAAGCUGUACGACUGGAUAAAGCUAUAGGACAAGAAGCUGAUAUGCCACAAAUUGUUGAUCGUUUAAAUUCAGAAAUACGUACAUUACAAGUUCGUCUACGUGAAAAAACUCUACAAUCAUGUAUAGAUCAAAGAAAAAUUCACGAACUACAACAACGUAUUUAUGUAUUAGAGAAAACAAUUGAUGAAAAACAUAAUCAAUCUCAAUAUACUGAUGAAGGAUCAUCGGUAUCACACAAACGAAACAAUAAAAAUUAUGACAUAUCUAUAGAAUUACAAGAAGAAAAGAAGAAAAAUUCGCAAUUAAAGCAUCAAUUAGAUGUACUAACAAAAAAUCAUAAACAACAAAUUAAUAUGAAUAAUGAAAAACUACGAAAUUUACAACAAGAAUAUCAACAUUUAAAAGAUAAACUUCACGAAAGAACUCAACAACUACAGGAGAAAACAAAAUUACUAGAAUUACAAAAUGUUUAUAGUCAUCGUAUUCCAAAAAAUCUCAUUUUGAGUCAUUUAUCUAGUUUAUCAUCUAUCUAUUCUACUACAAAUGAAAUGGACAAUCAUAAUGAUCAUAAAGAAGAAACAUCGAAAUCUAAUAAUCCAUUAAUUGAUCAAUAUAAAUGUAACUCAAAUGAUAAAUAUUCACCUAGGCUACCACCAAUCACUGUGAAUGAUAAUAAUAACAAUAAAAUCAAUAAUGAUGUAUCAUUAUCAUCUCAAUAUGUCACUAUGUGUAAAGGAUUGGAACAAAUGCCUAGAAUAGACACUAACAUAGAAUCCAACUUAGAAGGAUAUCCAUUGAUGAUCAAUGGAAAACUAUCAAAUGAUAAUGAACAUCACGUAGAUGAGAUAAAAGAAAAUUCAUCGAAAGAAGUUAUUGGGAAUCAUCAAUCAAAUGAUUUCAAUCUUCAAAACAAUAAAGAGAAUCAAAUGAAUAAUAAUAAUGAUCUUUCCAUUGAUCAUAAUCAAACUGAUGAACUAUAUACUACUCAAAUGAAACAAGAAAGUAAUAUAAAUAAGAAAAACACAAAAAACACAAUAGAAAAUGAAAUAGAAGAAAGAAAAUAUAAAUUACAUUUAAUACAAACACUUCAAGAAAUCGAUAAAAAAGACAAUAAUCAUAAACAAUAUGAAAAUGAUAUUACAUCACAAUUCAAUGCAUUACAUAAUCCUAUUACCAAUUCAAAGAAUAAUAAUACUGGAAAGACAAGAGAAGAAGAACUAUGGAAUGAUUUAUUUGGAUCGAUAAAGGAUAAUGUCAAUAAAACAUCGGAAGUGAUAAAUCAACAUCAAUCUUCUAAUAAUCGAAUUUUAUUCAGUAACAAUUCGAACAUUAUCAAUGCAUCUAUACACAAUUCGAAUUGGAAAACAGGAAUUAAUCAGAGAAAUAAUAAUAAUAAUAAUGAUCAAGAUAGCUUAAAAGAUACUUUCAAACAACCAUCAUGGUUAACAUUUCAUAAAACAGUUAAUCAACUAUCAAAUGAAUCCAACAUGAUUAACAAUCGGAAUUCAUUCAAUCGAUUGAUCGAUCAUAACAUCACUGAACAAUUAGAUAAUAUUGAUAAUGAUAUUGAAGUAUUACAAAUUUGA